AUGGGAGUACAAGUAGAAACAAUUUCCCAAGGUGAUGGACGAACCUUCCCAAAGACAGGUCAGACUGUGGUUGUACACUAUACAGGUACCUUAACAAAUGGACAGAAGUUUGACUCAUCCAGAGAUAGAGGAACACCAUUCAAGUUCAAUAUAGGGAGAGGGGAAGUCAUCAAAGGUUGGGAUGAAGGUGUUGCCCAACUCAGUGUGGGCCAAAGAGCAAGACUGACCUGCUCACCUGACUAUGCUUAUGGAUCAAGAGGACAUCCAGGAGUUAUUCCUCCAAAUGCAACACUCAUCUUUGAUGUAGAAUUACUGGAAAUCAAAUAAACCA